UUCCUCCCUAUAUAUACAGAGUUACGUUAAGAAAUUCCUAAUACAGAUUAAGGGAAAAAUGAAUAAAGCGUUGGUUUGGUUAAUUACAUUGUUAUUUCUAAUAUUCUCUGCAACACCAAACAGAGUUUUGGCCCAUCCACCAUACAUAUCUCCAAAGACAAGAGCAAGAGAAGGGGUUUGGGAUCAUAAGAUAAUGAAAGUGAGAAAGAUUGGAGUUGGAGCCAGUAACUCAGGGCAUUCACCUGGAGCCGGCGGCAUCCCCUAGCCCCAAUCUUAUUGUCAGUGUUGUUUUAGUUUCAUGCGAUUUAAAUUAGUAUCAUAAAACACACAGCCUUGGCCAAAUGACCAUACAAGACUCCAAGUAUUUGUAAUAGACCUUCCAAAGUAAACAGAGGAUCCUCAAAUACAUCAUCAAAUUAAUGUUUUCACUACAAAAUAAAAAGUUUGUUGCAUCAAAAAAUGAAAUAAUA